AUGAAAGCAUUUCAAUUCCUCGGUGCCGAAGGGGGUCUUGCCCUCCGAGAACUGCCAAUCCCGACACCUGACCCCGGUCAGGCUUUGAUCCGGGUCAAAGCUGCUGGGCUCUGCCACUCGGAUACACACGUCUUACACGGCGGCGGUGGGGCUUGGAUGUGUACCCUACCUGUCACCUUGGGCCACGAGAUCGCUGGCGUGAUAGCCUCAUCAGGCGAAGAGUCGACCCCAUCAUCCUCGCCACCAUUCAAAAUUGGUGAUCGAGUAGCUGUGGCAUGCGUCGGUCAUCCAAUCCAAGAACGCAAUUUCCAAGAAGCGCUCGGUGUGGGUUGCGACGGUGGGUACGCCGAAUACGCAGUCGCGCCGCUCAAAAACCUUGUCAAGCUCCCAGAUUCCGUGAGCUUCAUCGAUGCCGCCGUCGCCACCGACUCCAUCGCGACAGCCUACCACGCCGUCGUAGCCGAGGGCUGCGUGUCCGAGUCGGCCACAGUCGCGGUGAUUGGCCUAGGCGGUCUGGGUUUGAACGGCAUCGCUAUAGCUGCGCUGCGCGGCGCGAGGUUCGCGGAUGAGAUCUUUGACGUGGUGCUGGACUUUGCAGGCGCGCAGCCCACAGUCGAGGCGGCCGUGGAUACCGUUCGGCCUGGUGGUUGCGUGGUGCUGGUCGGGCUCGCGGCGCAGAAGGUCCAAAUCACCACCACGUCCCUAGUCACGCAGAACGUGUCGCUAAGGGGUUCGACAAGUGCCAGCAUACAGGAGUUUCGCGAGGUCUUGGAUCUUCUGGCAUCGGGUUCACUGAAGCCUUGUGUGCAAGAAAUCCCAUUUGAAGAUAUUCCUAAAGGGCUGGAGAUGCUAGGACGGGGCGAGGUCAAUGGUCGUCUCUAUACCAUUCCGUAG